AUGGCUUGCGGUCUCCUUCUGUCCGUGGCGGUCGUCGCCGUGACGCUGCUAGCAUCGCCGCGCGGCAUCGUGGGAAUAUACCCGUGGGUGAUCUGCGAAGAUGACAGCCUCCUAGCGGACAGCACUUACAAGGCGAGCCUCAGUCUCCUGGCCACCACCAUGUCCAAGAACGCCUCCACAUCCCCGCCGGGAUUCUUCGCCACCGCGGAGGCUGGCAUCGCCCCGGAGCAGCUGUGGGCUCUCGCGCUCUGCCGUGGCGACGCCACCUCCUCCGACUGCUCCAGCUGCCUCGACCACGCGUUCCAGAGACUCAUCACUUCCUGUGACUACAAGGUGGCCACCAUCUACUACGACCCCUGCUUGCUUACCUACUCCAACGUCCACUUCCGCUCGGCCGACGACACCCUUUACAGCCCAUAUCACCCCAUCCGCUACAGUUUGAACGCCACCGCUGAGCCGGCGCGGUUCCAGCGUGUCGUAGCGGCGCUCAUGAACGCCACUGCCAGAAGCGCCGCCUUCAACUCCACGCGCCUCUACGCGUCCGGGCAGGCCGACUUCGACAAGGAGCUGCCAGAGGUGUACAGCUGGGCCCAGUGCACGCCGGACUUGUCGCCGGACCGCUGCUGGAGCUGCCUCCUCCGGGCCAUGAGCGAGUUACCGACCUUCUUCACGGACGCCAUCGGGGCAAGGGUUCUUGGGAUCAGGUGUAGCAUCAGGUAUGAAACACAACCCUUCUUCAAUGGCUCGGCGACGGUGCGGCUGUCGUCGGUAUCAUCAGCCACAGGGCCGGCGCCGGUCGUGGUGCCGUCUCUAGCAGCGGUUGGACAAGGAAGAAAGUUCAGAGUUCCUACCAUGGUUCCUAUCAUUAUGUUGCCUAUGGUGGCAGCCAUAAGCGUCGUCGGCUGCUUCUUUUUCUGGAAGAGCCGUGAGGCACUGACAGAAGAAAAGCAACAACAUCCCAGCUAUUCCGAAGAUAUUGAGAGUGUAGACACGAUGAUGAUUGACAUUUCAACACUGCAAGCUGCCACUUGCGAUUUUGCGGAGAGCAACAAGCUCGGGGAAGGUGGAUUUGGUGUUGUGUACAAGGGAACGCUCCCCGAUGGCGAGGAAAUAGCAGUCAAGAGGAUGUGGAAAAGGUCAACACAAGCAUUAGAGGAGUUGAAGAAUGAGCUGGCUUUGGUUGCAAAGCUCCAUCAUAAGAACCUUGUCAGGCUCAUUGGUGUCUGCCUGGAGAAGCAGGAGAGACUGAUUGUGUAUGAGUUCGUUCCUAACCGGAGUCUCGACCUCAUCAUCUUCGCGGAAGACGUUGUGAAGCGUGAGCAGCUCGACUGGGCAAAGCGGUACAAGAUCAUAGAUGGAAUUGCUCGAGGCCUGCAAUACCUCCAUGAAGAAUCUCAGCUGAAAGUAAUCCAUCGUGAUCUGAAAGCGAGCAACAUCCUACUUGACAUGAACACAAGCGCCAAGAUCUCGGACUUCGGCCUCGCAAAGAUCUUCCAACGAGACCAAACACAAGGCAACACCAACCGGGUCAUUGGAACAUAUGGAUAUAUGGCGCCAGAGUACAAGAUGCGUGGGAACUACUCUGUGAAAUCGGAUGCGUUCAGUUUCGGGGUUAUCGUCCUAGAGAUCGUGACUGGGAGGAAGAACGAGGAUGACAGAUGUGGGCAAUCUGAAGAUCUCUUAACCAUGGUCUGGGAGCAUUGGACGACUGGGACAGUGCUAGAGGUGGUAGACCCAUGCAUGAACGACGGCUCCUCAGAGGAAGAGAUGCUCAAAUGCGUCAAUAUAGGGCUUCUCUGUACGCAGGGGAACCCAGCGGACCGGCCAACGAUGUCUGCGGUGGUUAUGAUGCUCGGCAGCGAGACUGUGAAUCUCCCUUCACCGUCCAAGCCAUCCCUCGGCUCGAGGAGGAAUGAUGCAGGCGUCGACUAG